AAUAUUAAAUGAACUCAUUAUAAUAAUUUACGAGAACAAUUUUAGAGCUUAUUAAAUUUGUAAUUAAAAUUCUGAAUUACUUCUAUCAAUGAGAACAAGUAUAAUUAUGACUUGUCCUACAUAAUUCCGAUGCUUCGAAUGUAGAGCAGAAAAUUUAAAGUAGGCAGUUAGAAAAAUUCCUGAAGUACAGAUAUUCAUAGCGGAGUAAAUUUUUUUUUUUUUUUGUUACUAUGACAGUAAACAUACGGACAUUUCAGGUUUUACGAGCUAUACUGAAAGUUAUUCACAGUAUGCACAUGAAAUACCCUUAUCAAAACAUAAGUAUCUCAAAUUUCCCUCGUAAAAUAUAUUUGUAGCUGUAAUAAAAGAUUGAUCCGACAAGAUGUUUGUUAUUUUUUAGUUUACGAUUUUGUAUUGAAACACUUGAGAUAAUCUUUAAAUAAAGUUACUGUUCUUUUACAAAGAAUUUUAUACAAUGGAACGUUAACAAACAUUCUUGUUGUUUCUAGACGUAUUUUUAACGAAGCAGCUCAUAAAUUUUUUAACUUUGGAAUAAUAAGCAAGAUCUAAAGAUAUACAUGUAGACAGACUGGAUUGAUCGGACUAAUAAAAAUAGUAAGCUCUAUGAAAACAUUUAAAAUUUCGGACCACUCGUAAAUCUAUUCGUAGAGGCUUAGUACUCGUGUUACGGUUAGUUUUCUUUGUUUCGCAUAUCAAUCAUGCCAAACUAUGGAUUUAUCUGAUCGUUAAUUCUAAUUCUGUCUGCGAAAAAAUGAUACUAAGGCACGUUUGGAAAAACUAUGCAUUACUCGUUCUAAAGAUAAAGUUCGUAAAACAACUCUUGAACUCCUGUUGUUUGCUAUGAUAAUAAAAAACAACCGGAGAUAUAAAAGCCCAGAUGGAUCAUGUUGAUCUCAGUCUGUCCAGUGAUUCGAAAGUAGUGACUUGCACUUUUCCGUGAAAAUGGCUAAACAUUAUUAUGUGAACUUUAAUCUUAAUCAAUUCUUGAAAAGAAAAACUAAAACAAAUUACUCAGUACUUAUCAAAGAAGAGUUUCAUUAUAUCGUGCUCCAGGAUAUUCACAAGACUAUUGACAACUUUACAAAACCAGAAAAUGAAGGGAAAAACCGUUAUCUCGAUAUUCCAUGUUGGGACGAUUCACGGGUUGUGAUAGAGUCGAAAAACGGCGAGCCAGAUUACAUACAUGCGAACUGGAUAAAUGGAUUCGAAGAAAAGAAAAAGUUCAUCGCUAUGCAGGGACCUAUGAAAAAUACCGUAGCUGACUUUUGGAAGGUUGUAUGGCAACAACAUAGCCAUGUCAUAGUGAUGUUAACGAAGAUCAAAGAAGGUGGUAACGAAAAAUGUCAUCAGUAUUGGUGUCCUUAUGAAGACAAUUUGUUGGUUACGGAAGAAUACACCAUAAAAACUUUGAGAGUCACAGUUAGACCAAACUAUAUCCGGACAUUUCUAGAAAUUACUGAUAAAACUACCCAGCGAUCACGAAAAAUAACUCACUUCCAGUGCCUUCAUUGGCCAGAACAUAGUAUGCCAUCCGAUUUAGCGUGGUUCAUUGAUUUCAUAAAAAUGACGAACAGAGUACGAAAAGCGUACAUGAAGAUAUCCUCGGAAGAUUUCAAAGAGUCUUCUAGCCCUAUGAUCGUGCACUGUAACUCUGGUAUAGGAAGAACUGGGACCUUCUGUGCUGCGGACAUCUGCUUGAACCAGUUGGUGAAAACUUCAAGAAUUUCUAUACCGGAAACAGUUCUAAGAAUCCGUGAGCAAAGACACUCGGGUAUUAUAAGUAUGAGGCACUAUAUGUUCAUUCAUCGAGUGCUAGAGUAUUUUUUAACUGCAGUGCAAAGUCACUUUCAUAAAUCUUAUGAACACCAUUGUCCUGUUUGCUAUUAA